AUGGCGGCGGCGGCGAGCAGCAGCGGGUCCAAGACCGAGUUCAUUGUGGGAGGGAAAUACAAGCUGGUGCGGAAGAUCGGGUCCGGCUCCUUCGGGGACAUCUACCUGGCCAUCAACAUCACCAACGGCGAGGAGGUGGCGGUGAAGCUGGAGUCGCAGAAGGCGCGGCACCCGCAGCUGCUGUACGAGAGCAAGCUCUACAAGAUCCUGCAGGGCGGCGUGGGCAUCCCGCACAUCCGCUGGUACGGCCAGGAGAAGGACUACAACGUGAUGGUCAUGGACCUGCUGGGGCCCAGCCUGGAGGACCUCUUCAACUUCUGCUCCCGGAGGUUCACCAUGAAGACGGUGCUGAUGCUGGCCGACCAGAUGAUCAGCAGGAUCGAGUACGUGCACACCAAGAACUUCAUCCACAGAGACAUCAAGCCCGACAACUUCCUCAUGGGCAUCGGCCGCCACUGCAACAAGCUGUUCCUGAUCGACAUCGGCCUGGCCAAGAAGUACAGGGACAACAGGACGAAGCAGCACAUACCCUACAGGGAGGACAAGAACCUCACCGGCACGGCCCGCUACGCCAGCAUCAACGCCCACCUGGGCAUCGAGCAGAGCCGCCGGGACGACAUGGAGUCCCUAGGGUACGUCUUGAUGUAUUUCAACAGAACCAGCCUGCCGUGGCAAGGGUUAAAGGCUGCCACAAAGAAACAGAAAUACGAGAAAAUCAGUGAGAAGAAGAUGUCCAUCCCUGUGGAAGUUCUAUGUAAGGGCUUUCCUGCAGAGUUUACCAUGUACUUAAACUACUGCCGUGGGCUGCGCUUCGAGGAGGCCCCGGAUUACAUGUACCUGAGGCAGCUCUUCCGCAUUCUUUUCAGAACCCUGAACCACCAGUACGACUACACGUUUGACUGGACGAUGUUAAAGCAGAAAGCAGCCCAGCAGGCAACCACCUCCACCGGGCAGGGUCAGCAGGCCCAACCCCCCACAGGUUUCUGAGCAUGAAUGAAGGAAUAGAAGGAACAGUGCAGAUGACCCGAGCAGCAUUUGUUUCUCCCCAAACCUAGAAAUUUUAGUUCAUAUGAACACUGGCCAAUGGUUGUGGACAACCAUUUACUUGGUGUAAAGAGCUUAAUUUCGGUAUAAACUGGAUCUGAGCAGCAUUGGUGAUGCUGUGUCCCGAGUUCUAGUCGCUGUCAUUGUGAAUAAUAACCCCGACAGUGAAACAUGGUGUCCAGUUUUCUAUUGCAU